AGCAGAACCAAGUCGAAGCGUCCGACCAUAGUUCUUUCUUUUUCCUUUUCAAUGCGUAUCCCUUGCUAUUGUUCUUUUUACAUUCGUAUUCUCCCCGUCCGCAGUGGUCGAUCUGUUAUAGCUACGUCCCACACCCACCGUAUCUCUACACGCCCUGGACUCUUUGCGAGCAGAUCUACCACCAAUAGUCUCAACGGCAAUAUGUCUACUUCAACGUACACGGGCGCCACUCCGGCGGACAUGAAGGUCGACCCGAGGAUCGUUGCCUUUUUUGAAAGGUUUUACGCCGUCUCCGACGACCCUACGGCCCACGAGGACUACGCGCAAUCGUUUUUGCCCGACGCCGAUUUCGCCAUGGGAGCGAAAAAGACCAAAGGGUACGAAGGGAUUUUGACUCUACGACAAGGUCUUUGGUCCGGGCCCAUCAAGUCACGCAAACAUAAACUGAGCAAAAUCUUCCCAUUUGGUGCUGGAUCCAACGAACUCAUGCUCUACGGGACUGUCGAUUACGGACUCAAGAACGGCAAAGCCGUGACUUGUGAGUGGGCCGCCAGGGCCGUCAUGGCAGAAGGCCAACAAGGACAGUUGAAAUUCAAACUGUACCAGGUCUAUGUGGUACGUUUGUUACUUGCUGUUAUGCUCUUACCCAUAGGGAAAACAAACUCACCUCCUCACCACUUCCUCCUUGAUGUCUCACCUCUUCCCUCUAUGACCAUCUUGCAAUGA